GAAGCUGAAGGUAAAGUGUACGUCGAGAAAAGUGUAGAUGGUAUGAAGUUCUUUUAAAGAAAUGUUAGUGUGAACGCAUUAAAUACACUGUUUUGGUGAGAAACGUUCUCUGCGUGACACCUAAGCGUUUUACUAAAUAAAAGCUUCUCGUGAAGCCACGUCACCACGUCACAAUCCUUACCGAUAACUUUUAAGGUAAGUUUUAAAAAUGCUUCUCCUUUAAUAUAUAGGGGAUAUUAAUAUUUCAUUGGCUUUUUUCUCCCAAAGUUAUGACUAGGCCUGGGCGCGGAUCGGAUAUCCAGGUUUUUGAAGGUAUUUGUGAUUUGCUUCGUAUGUCACGGAUAUCUAAUUUUUCGAUUUGCUUUGCUUCGGAAAAAUACGGAUAUUCGAAAAAACAGAUAUCCAGAAAAUAAAUAGAUAUUUGUGGAUACUUACGAAUACUUAAGGAUAUCUCAUAUGUUUUGAUUAAUACAAAUAAUCUUAAAAUUUGAUACAAAUUUGUUUUAUAAAACAUGAUAUAUGAUAGAAAUUAAAAAAGUAGUGAAUCUACAUAUUUUGUAAAUUUUUUGAACUUAGUUAACAAUUAUAAUAUCACAAAACUCAAGAAAAAAAUUAUAAUUGUCAUAAAUGUGUUAUCUUCUAUUUAUGUAAUACUUUUAUAUAAGUAAUAAUGUAAAUGAAAUUUAUCAAAUCAUAUGUUAGAAUAAUAAUUAUAUAAUUUUAUACAUUAAAAACUUUAAAUAUAAUCAAGAUAUACAUGUAUUUUUAUAUUGCCAGAUCGGAUCGGAUAUUCGUUUCCCAAAAUUUUAAUAUUUGUGAUUUGCUUCGAUUUUAACGGAUAUUGAUUUUUAGUAUUGGUUUUGAUUCGAAAGUACGGAUAUCCAGAAUUUUUGGAUCGAAUCGAAACGAAUAACGAAUCGAAUCUAAUUUAACAGAUAAAAUGCCUAGCAACAACAAACCUGAUAUAUUAUAACAGAUAAAUUUAUGUACCUUAAUUCAUAUUAACCCAUCAGCUUUCAGGAAGAAUUUUCCAACAAGAAAGAGCAUUAGAUCAAGUAGAUUAUCAAUGAUAAUUGUUUUUUCUCUCUCUGAUUCUAUAAUGUUGCCUUUAUAUACACCAAAACGAACCCUACUUCAAAGGAAAUACUGAGUUUGAUUUCCUAAUAUCAUGAAACUUUAAAAAAAAAAAAUCAUUUUUACUUAUCUUUUCAAAACCGUCCUUUGUAGAACUAAUACAGCUUUUAACAUAAAAUUUGAUUAACGAAAAUGUAUUAAACUAACUUUAUGCUAUUUUAGAAUAUUUUAUAAUGUUACUGUUAAACACAAACGGAGCCAAUCCCCCACCUCCACAUUUUGUAAAACGAAAAACUGACAGACAAACUAACUAAAUUUAAAACUAAAAGAAUAAUAUAAUUAGACGAAACAAAAAAAUAAGUUGGUUGCUUGGAGGUUCCAGAUUCGUCGUUACGAGGAAACGAUGGUCAGACAGAGAUGCCAAAUAGUUUUCUCCCUCUCCUCCCACCAUUUUUAUCAAACCUCUUCAUCUUCUCUAUUUAUAACCUAAUUUUCCAUUUCAGACAACAACAUAAACUCACUAAUCAUUUACAAACAUAAACUUGAGCAGGAACCGAAGAAAAGGACCGUGUUACCCUUUUCUUCUUCCUCUCUUUCCUUUCCACCACCACCACCAUCUCUUCUCCCUCUCGGGAACGUUAAUUCAAGAUUCGCCCUUUCUACUCUUAUAACGAUGGGAACCGAAGUCAUCAGGCCUCAGGACUGUUUGGUUAACCGGAUGAGAGAUUCUCCGGCGACCAUUUUUCACCAUCCCCGGAGAAAUCAUUCUCACCGGAGACCGCCUCUCCGACCUGACCAAAGGAGACGGUUCGGAUCCGUUGACUUCAGAACGACCGCGAAGGACGUCGUUAGGAGAAGAGGAGAGUCUUUUGAUUCGUUUUCGAACAUCAAGGCUCGGAGAUCAAAUGCACCGGAAGUCUCUCCCGACGAUAUCUACGCCGGGUCUUCCAUUUUCCUUGUUUCUCCGGCGCCGAGCUCGCUACCUUUGCCGUCGUUCUCGAGGAGAAACGUGAAAAGCCAGGUCGUUGUUGUUUCCGUUGAUGAUUCGGCGUCUCAGGAUCUCCGGCGACUUCUCCGGCUUGAAUUUUGAGUUAACGCGGGAAACUUAACGGGAUCGUCAGCUAUAUAACGGUUCUCAUAUGUAUUUAAAUCUGGGAAUCGUCUCCGUUAUUGUUUUACUAAUCUGUCCUUCCUUUGAAUAAUUUGUUAUAGAAUGGGGUGGGUCUGAGUGAUCGUAUAAAAAAGUACAGGGUCAGAUUUAGAAACAAAUGUUAAAUAUUAGCUGACUUUUCAGUUUUAUUUGGUUCUAUGGAUUUAAAAGAAAAGUAUUAUUCGAGAUCGGAAUAUUAAUUAGUUACAAAAUAUGGGCAAAACCAAAUUAUAUUAAAAGUUAAUAAAAACUAUUAGCUUUUUUUUUGUCAGCUAAUAAUAAUUACUCCUUUCAUAAAAGAUCCAUGUUUUAGAAUUUUCACAAUUUUUAAUAAAACAUAUUAAAACUUAGUUAUAAAUACAUAGUUUUUUGUAAUUUUAGAUUUUUAAUAUUUUUAAACCAAUAAAAUUUUAAGAACUGCAAUUAACGUUCUUAAACUUCACAAUUUUUCAUUAUUAGUUGACAAAAAUUACACUGAAAAUAUAAAAUAUGUAUCUUUUUGAAACAAAAGUCUUUUCUAGAAUAUGGAUUUUUUAGGAAUGGAAAGAGUACUAAACUUAAAAGAUGUAUAUCAAAAUGUUAUGAUUAUGUUUAGCCCAUGUUCUAAAACGCGUCCGCGUUGAACGUUUACGCGGUGAGUAAAUGUGAAUCGGUUCUUCACCGUGGCGUCUUGUACCAAAUCGCUCAAAAACUCGGAUUUUUAAAUUUAUAAGUUUCAAAUUAUAAAUAAGGUUGAAGAACUGUUAUUGUAAGGUAAAAAUACAAGGAAACCGAGUUAAAACAGCCCAAAAUCGUGAAGAAAAAUGAUAGAAACGGAAGGUAGGGUUUCAGAUCGAUAAAACUGGGAAAGAAGAUGAGGAUAUUUAAGUCAUUUCGACUUCAUUAAAAUACACAAAAAAAUAAAAACCCAAACGCAUACACAGGUAUUCAAACUCGUCACUAGAACUGCAUGUGGGAACACGGAAAACCACCAGACUACAACGCAUUUUAGGUUUUAAUACACAGAUAAUAAUGAUAUAUAAUAAAAUCAUAUAAAACUAGUUUCCGAGUAAUCCCUGAUUAUUCUCCGAUUCUCUUUCAACUCGCUAGGCCCGGACCACCUGCACGCGUUACGCCUAGCGUAAUUUCGAACAUGGUGUUUAGCUAAGUUUGGUUGAAAUUGAGAGGCAGUUGUGAUAUGCCCGUCCGGACUGGAAAGACGCCUAAAGCGCAUCGAAACAAUGCUGCACCUUAAAUAUAAAUUUAUUUAGAUAUAAAAUUAGAACAACAUAAAGUAUUAUUAAAAAUAAUAUAUGUAUUACAUUUUUUAUGAAUUAUUUUUAACUUUCAAUAAAUUAUUUUAGCCGACUCAAUUGAUAUAAUCGACCAUUCCAUUUAAUGGUUCAUAAGCAAUAGAAACAUGGAUAAUUCUUAUCAGUUUUCUACCAGAGAAAUGCUAAUUUAAGGAAAUUUAUAAUUAAAUCGAAUCCUAUUAUUUUAACUUGCAUAAUUUUGUUGAUUUUCUGGAAAUUUGUGAAAAAACAUAAGUUAAUUUAUGAUAUAUGUUUCUUCAGAUUUCUGAAAUCAGAAAAUAGAUUGUAAAAUUUACAAAAAAUAAAGAGAAGAAAAAUAAUUUUACAUGGAAGAUUGGAAGAAACAAUAUUUCCAGCGGACAUAACAAUCAAAUAAGUGAAUAACAAAAGAUACUAUUUUUUCACAAAAUGCUGAAAACAAAAGUAUUUUAUAUAUAAAAGAAACAAAGUUGUUUUUUUUUUAAAUAAACUAAAAUGUAAAAAAUGAAA